CGCGUGGGCUAUGGGCAGCCAUUUUGAAAUUAUACCUCAGGUAGUUUCCGGUUUUUUUUUGCUGCCAAAAGUGAAUUUUCUUUUCGGAAAAGUGGAAAGAUCAGGAGAAAAUAAGUGCAGCUAAUUGAUUGGAAAUAUGGCUCGAUACGGACAGCGACCAGAAAAUGCACUUAAACGUGCCAACGAAUUCAUCGAGGUUGGUAAGCCGGCCAGAGCUCUAGAUACUUUGCAAGAGGUUUUCAGAAAUAAGAAAUGGGCUUACAACUGGUCAGAAUCGGUCCUAGAACCGAUCAUGUUCAAGUAUUUAGAUCUUUGUGUGGAGCUAAAGAAGUCCCACAUCGCUAAAGAAGGUCUGUUUCAAUACAGGAACAUGUUCCAGUCUGUAAACGUUGGGUCGUUGGAAAAUGUCAUAAGAGGUUAUUUGAGAAUGGCUGAGGAGAGAACAGAAAAUGCUAGAGAGCAAUCAGCCCAAGCUGUAAUAGAUAUUGAUGAUUUGGACAAUCUGGCAACUCCAGAAAGUAUCCUUUUAAGUGCAGUAUCUGGUGAAGAUGCCCAAGAUCGUUCUGAUCGUACUAUUUUAACCCCAUGGGUAAAAUUCCUGUGGGAAUCAUACUGCCAGUGCUUAGAACUUUUAAGAACUAAUGCACACGUAGAGCAUCUGUAUCAUGAUAUUGCCAGGAUGGCUUUCCAGUUUUGUCUCAAGUACAAUAGGAAAACUGAAUUUAGGAAGCUGUGCGACAAACUCAGGAAGCAUUUAGAAGAUAUUUGCAAAUUACCUGCUCAGGUAGCCAAUGUUUCUAUGUCAAAGCUUGAAACCCAACAGUUGAAUCUUGAGACAAGACUUCAUCAGCUCGAUUAUGCUAUUCAGAUGGAAUUAUGGCAAGAAGCGUACAAAGCAAUCGAGGAUAUCAAUAAUUUGAUGAACCUCUCCAAGAAAAUGCCAGUUCCUAAAACCAUGGCUAAUUAUUACCAAAAACUUGCCAUGGUAUUCUGGAAAGCUGGAAAUAAUUUAUUUCACGCAGCUGCCUUGUUCAAAUUGUUGCAGCUUAGCAAGGAAAUGAAAAAGAAUAUCACUCCGGAAGAACUGCAGAAGAUGGCUUGCAGGGUUCUUCUUGCUACUCUGUCCAUACCACUACCCUCGGCACAUCCUGAAUUUGAUAGAUUUAUUGAGACAGACAAGUCUCCUUUGGAAAAGGCUCAAAGAUUGGCUAUUCUGCUUGGUUUGACACAGCCACCAACUAGAGCAAGUUUACUGAAGGACUUGAUCCGUGUGAACGUCAUAAACCUUGCUACUACCCAGCUUCAAGAUUUGUACAAUUGCUUAGAAGUUGAUUUUGAUCCUCUAAAUUUGUGCCCGCGAGUGAACACCGUUAUUGAUUACAUCCAAACAGACGAGAAUGGUACUGCAUUGCAACAAUACAUUGUGGCAUUGCAGGAUGUCACCCUUGUUCGUUUGGUUAGGCAGGUGGCACAAGUCUAUCAGACCAUUGAAUUUGCAAGAUUCUUGGAAUUAGGUAAAUUUGCUACCCCUUUUCAUCUUGAAAGACUUUUGGUCGAUUGUGUAAGACAUAAUGAUAUGCAGAUAAGAAUAGAUCAUGGAAAGCAGUGCAUUCAUUUUGGCAUUGAUUUGAGUGAAAGUCAAAGGGAAGAUAGGCCAGAAGGACCUACUUUACAGAGUAUGCCUAGUGAGCAAGUGAGAAAUCAACUUGUUAACAUGUCAUGCGUUUUGAAUAGGGCUAUUUAUGUUAUAAAUCCAAACAAAAAACGGGGUGAACGUGAAAGAUUGAGAACCAUUAUGGUACAGAACUACCAUGAGAAUAAGGUGAAGGAGCAUCACAAGAUCCUCCAAAGACAUAAAAUCAUUGAGGACAGAAAAGAGUACAUUGAAAGGUUAAACACUGUUCGUGAAGAGGAAGAGCAAAAACGAGUGGAAGAAAUUCAGCGGCAGCAGCAAAUGCUUGAACAGAAACGGUUGGACGAAGAAAGACAAGAACGCGAGAAAAAGCGUCAACAGAAUGAAAUUGAACAAAUCAAACAUAGACAUUUACAGGAAAAAUUACAACAGAUCAGUCAAACUGGACAUGGGCAAAAGAUUCUUAAGAAAAUGGAUGAAGAUGAUAUCAAGAAUUUGGAUGCUGAUCAAAUUGCUGCCAAGGAAGCUGAAGAACUCCAAAAGGAGCGACGUGAACUGCAAGCCAAGUUAAAGUCACAAGAAAAGAAGGUGGAUUACUUUGAACGUGCCAAACGUCUAGAAGAAAUUCCUCUAUUGCAAGAAAGUCUUGUAGAUAGGCAGCUUCAAGACCAGACCUUCUGGGAGCAACAAGAAAAGGAACGAAUUGCAUUUGCUAUUGAGGAACGCAAACUGGCAGUCUCCACAAGAGAUAGGUUGAUUAGGAUAAAACCUGAUAAGGAUCAAUUCUUGGCCAAGCUUAAAAAACAAAGGAACACUUUGUAUGAAGAAAAACUGCGUGAAUUUGAAAAACUGCUCGCAGAAGAAAGAAAGAAGAAGUUGGCGGAAAGGAAAAUAUCACGUAAAAAAGAACGAAAACUUCAAUGGGUCAAACAAAAACAUGAAGAGGCGGCACUUAGGAGGGCGGAAACACUUCGUAUUGAAACUGAAGAACGUUUGGCUCGUGAAGAAAAAGAAAAGCAAGAACGUUUGGAGCAAGAGAGAAUCGAAAGAGAGAAGAAAGAUAGAGAGGAACGUGAGAUUCAAGAAAUGCUUGAAAGGGCUGCUGCUAAACAGAGGGCAAUAGAAGAGCAAAUUGAACGUAAACUUCGAGAAGAAAAAGAAAAUAAAGACACAAGUUUCAAAGGUUCCAGCACUGAAAAGAGAGAAUGGCGAUCUGCAGGGACAGCGCACAAGGACGAACCCAAAAAAGGCGAACCUUGGACUCCAAAACAUCGCGCCAACGUUGAUGCCCCAACCAGUUGGCGUCGAGACGCAAAAGAUUCUGCUGGUGAAAAGGAUCGUGAUGAUGAUAAAAUUAGAGAUCGUCGUGACUUUGGUCGAUCUGGACUUGAUAGAAGAGAUGAUAGGAGAGAUGACAAAGAAAGAGGAGGUUUUGACCGUAACAGGGACAUCAGUCGUAGAGAUGAUAGAGAUAGUAACCGACCUUACGAUUCAGGUCGUUCAUUUGACCGAAGGGACGAUCGAAAAUCUGAUGUAUCAUCGUGGCGUGGUGAAGAUCGCCGCAGUGCUGCAACAGGCAGAGACGGUCCUCGACGCGAAAUUGGCGCAGAAUGGCGAAAAGACGGAGGCACGCCAAUAAGGAGAGUAGAACGACCUGUAGACGAAAGACGCGGCGGGGAAGACAGAGAUAGGCGUGUUGCAGAUGAGAGACGUCAUGAUGAUAAAAAACCAGUUGAAGAAAAACGUUCGGCGGCUCCGAAAGAAAAACCAGCUGAAGAGUCCCGUGCCGAAGACGAUGGAUGGACCACACAGACUCGUCGACGUUAAUUAUCACUUUGAGUUGUUUAUAUUAUUUUAUCAAACGUAUGUAUCUUUAUUGUUUAUUUUAAUUGCCGUUUUGAUCCUGCUUUAUAAGUUUUAAUAAAAAACAGUACCACUCUAUGCUUAUUGUGUUUUUAUUUCAGAAACAAUACACAAUGAAAGCAAUACACAGAAACACAUAACCCAAUAACAAAAUAUCACCAUACGCGACGUUGCCGUCAUUUCCAACUUCAUGGCUUGUUAACUAUAGAAGGCAGUGGUAUAGGACAUGUUCCAUGAAAAACACUUAGAAUUUUAUCAGAAAUCCGAAAAUGUCAAAAAAAUUAGGGGUGUCCAUUUAAAAAAAUUAAGUUACUACCUGUCUAGCUUUUCUGCGACCACCUGGUAUAAUAAUUUUAUUUUAUGAAAAAUGCCCGACAAAAAAUAAAAUUGACGUGUUCAAGGAUUUUUA